AGUCCGUAUAUAUACGUAUCAUAGUAACGCAGAAUGAUGAAGGAAACAUGGGAUAUUGUUAGACAAUUUCAUUAAUUCCACAGAAUUGGUCUUCAAGUCUAAACAGCAAAAGGAUAUAGACAAGACGCAUUUAUAUGCUCCACCUCGAUUAUUAAACGCAGACAUGCCGGCCCUAGAAACAGUCUCUCUUAACCAUCCUUCACAUGGUUUUGCUUCCAAUUCCAGCUGUACUGUGGGAUCAAUUUGGACUAUAUAAUCAAGUCAUUUAGAUUGCCUUCUACCAUCACAAGCUAACCAUUCGGAUCUCAAAUUCUUCCUUUUCUUCUUAUCUUAAAACCUUUUCGAUUCAAUUUAUAAUCAAACAAGAUGAUCAAUUCCAAGAAACUCCUUAAAUUGGCAAAGAAAUGGCAGAAACUCGCUGCUAUUAGCCGCAAACGCAUCACAUCACCUCAAACCAGUUCUACUACAGAUUCAACUUGCAGCACAUCAUCAAAAGCCGAAAAGGGCCAUUUCGUAGUGUACUCUACUGAUCAGCAACGCUUCUUGUUGCCUUUGGAGUAUCUUAACAAUGAACUAAUUCGAGAGCUAUUCGACAUGGCAGAGGAAGAGUUUGGAUUGCCUAGCGGCGGACCUCUUACAUUACCAUGUGAUGCAGAGCUUAUGGAAUAUGCAGUUUCUUUGAUCAAACGAAAGGCUGCGAGAGACGUAGAACAAGCAUUGUUGACUUCUAUAGCUACAAAUUGCUUUUCAUUAUCAUUACAACAAAAAACAAUCCACCGAUUACCAAUUUGUAGCUUUUGAAUAGAUACAAUUAGAGACAUAGAUAUACAAAACUGUACAUCAAUACAUUUUUAAAUAGAAUCUCAAUUUUUUUGUUAAUAA